CCUGCCUGCCAGCACUCUGCCCAGCCCCAGAGAGCGGGGAGCGCACGCUCGCUUCCCUAGGGGCUCCGAAGGUCCGUUCUAGUGAGACAGGGGAAGCUUGGGCCCCCUUCCUGUCUGUUCUUCAAAGUGCCCUGCUGGGCAGGAGCCACGGCAGUGGCAGCGUGAGCCUUUCCGCUCAUCAGUGCUGUCAACCCUCUUCUCCAAGGAGUGUCUGACCCCUGCUUAAGCUGGGCCCCAGGGCCCUCCCUCCCUCCAGCACAGGAGACUGAGACUGCACUUAGAGGCACCUUCACUGCGUGUUCUGGCCUGGGGACUCUGGGCUACAACUGGGGCCACGGCUGAGCUGUCCCAGGGUGCCCCGUUCCUGUCCCGGCUAAGCGCGGGCCAUGAGUCAGAACUCUCCCUAUGGCCCUCGGAGGGUCUGCACUCCUGGAACCGGGGCUCGGAGAAAUGAGAGCCAGGACUACCUGCUCAUCGACUCGGAGCUUUGCGAGGACAACUCCCUACAGCAGCCCUCUGCUCUGCCUCCCUAUGGCUACUAUCCCUGCAUUCGGGGCACUGACAACAGGCUGGCCCAUCGUAGACAAACCAUCCUCCGAGAGAAGGGGAGAAGGUUAGCAAACCGAGGACCAGCAUAUAUGUUCAAUGACCACUCAACAAGCCUGUCUAUUGAGGAGGAACGCUUUUUAGAUGCAGCAGAGUAUGGCAACAUUCCUGUAGUGCGAAAGAUGCUAGAAGAAUGCCUGUCACUGAAUGUGAACUGUGUGGACUACAUGGGUCAGAAUGCUUUGCAGCUGGCUGUGGCCAAUGAGCAUCUGGAAAUUACUGAACUUUUGCUUAAGAAAGAAAACUUGUCCCGAGUCGGGGAUGCCUUGCUCCUAGCCAUUAGCAAAGGUUAUGUUCGGAUUGUUGAAGCAAUCUUAAAUCAUCCUGCUUUUGCUGAGGGCAAGAGACUAGCAACAAGCCCUAGCCAGUCAGAACUCCAGCAUGACGACUUUUAUGCCUAUGAUGAAGAUGGAACACGGUUCUCUCAUGACGUUACCCCCAUCAUUCUGGCUGCCCACUGCCAGGAGUAUGAAAUUGUACACACUCUUUUGAGGAAAGGAGCCCGCAUUGAAAGGCCUCAUGACUAUUUCUGCAAAUGCAGUGAAUGCAACCAGAAGCAGAAACAUGACUCUUUCAGUCACUCCAGAUCCCGAAUUAAUGCCUACAGGGGUCUGGCAAGCCCUGCUUAUUUGUCAUUGUCUAGUGAGGAUCCUGUCAUGACGGCCCUAGAACUUAGCAAUGAACUGGCAGUGCUGGCAAACAUCGAAAAGGAGUUUAAGAAUGACUACAAAAGAUUGUCAAUGCAGUGCAAAGAUUUUGUUGUCGGACUUCUUGAUCUUUGCAGAAACACAGAAGAAGUGGAGGCCAUACUGAAUGGGGAUGUUGAAGUGAGUCCUAAUGGUGGAGACCACGGGCGACCGAGCCUCAGUCGUUUAAAACUUGCUAUUAAAUAUGAAGUCAAAAAAUUUGUAGCCCAUCCAAACUGCCAGCAACAGCUUCUCUCCAUCUGGUAUGAGAAUCUCUCAGGGUUAAGGCAGCAGACGAUUGCUGUUAAGUUUCUAGUGGUCCUUGCUGUGGCAGUUGGCUUGCCCUUCCUGGCCAUGAUUUACUGGUUUGCUCCAUGCAGCAAGAUGGGGAGGAUAAUGCGUGGACCAUUCAUGAAGUUUGUCGCACAUGCUGCCUCUUUCACCAUUUUCCUGGGACUCCUAGUCAUGAAUGCAGCUGACAGAUUUGAAGGCACCAAACUCCUCCCUAAUGAAACUAGCACAGAUAAUGCAAAACAGCUGUUCAGGAUGAAAACAUCCUGCUUCUCGUGGAUGGAGAUGCUUAUUAUAUCCUGGGUAAUAGGGAUGAUAUGGGCUGAAUGUAAAGAAAUCUGGUCCCAAGGUCCAAAGGAAUAUUUGUUUGAGCUGUGGAACAUGCUAGAUUUUGGUAUGUUAGCCAUCUUUGCAGCAUCGUUCAUUGCUAGGUUCAUGGCAUUUUGGCAUGCUUCCAAAGCCCAGAGCAUUGUGGAUGCAAACAUUACUUUGAAAGACUUGUCCUCUGUGGGAGAUGACGUGAAGUACUACACUUUAGCCAGGAUAAAAUGGGACCCAUCCGAUCCUCAAAUCAUAUCUGAAGGCCUAUAUGCUAUUGCUGUAGUUUUAAGUUUCUCUAGAAUUGCCUACAUCUUACCGGCUAAUGAAAGCUUUGGGCCUCUACAAAUAUCCCUGGGAAGGACCGUAAAAGACAUCUUCAAAUUCAUGGUCAUAUUCAUCAUGGUAUUUGUGGCUUUCAUGAUAGGAAUGUUUAACCUCUACUCCUAUUACUAUGGAGCAAAGCAAAAUGAAGCCUUCACAACAGUUGAAGAAAGCUUUAAGACAUUAUUCUGGGCUAUAUUUGGACUUUCUGAAGUAAAAUCCGUUGUUAUAAACUCUAACCACAAAUUCAUUGAGAAUACUGGUUAUGUUCUUUAUGGAGUCUAUAAUGUGACCAUGGUCAUUGUUUUGCUAAAUAUGCUCAUUGCAAUGAUCAACAAUUCUUUCCAGGAAAUUGAGGAUGAUGCUGAUGUGGAGUGGAAGUUUGCAAGGGCUAAACUUUGGUUUUCCUACUUUGAAGAGGGACGGACACUCCCUGUUCCCUUCAACCUGGUGCCAAGUCCAAAGUCCCUGUUCUAUCUCUUACUCAAACUUAAAAAAUGGAUUUCUGAGCUGUUUUGGGGUCAUAAAAAUGGGUUUGAGGAAGAUGCAGAGAUGAACAAGCUUGGUCACAGUAAGCAAUCAAGCAUAAGGAGCUCAGAAGAUUUGCAUCUAAACAGUUUCAAUAAUCCUCCCAGACAAUACCAGAAAAUAAUGAAGCGGCUCAUCAAAAGAUAUGUACUGAAAGCCCAGAUAGAUAAGGAGAGUGAUGAAGUCAAUGAAGGUGAACUGAAGGAAAUAAAACAGGACAUAUCAAGUCUCCGCUAUGAACUUCUUGAGGAAAAAUCCCAGAACACAGAAGAUCUAGCAGAACUUAUUAGAAAACUUGGGGAGAAACUGUCAAUUGAAUCAAAUCAAGAAGGAAGCAAUAGAUAACAUGAACACCUUUUAGACAAUGAAAUUAAAUUGUCCACUU